CAGAGCAGGCACAGCAAUCAAUUAAAUGGCAAUGCUGAAAAGCGGGACAUCUAACAGUGAAUCCGGGACAGCGGGAAGUGCCAUAAAUAUCAGGACUGUCCCGCUGAAAGCGGGGCGGUUGGGAGGUCAUUUUUAAUGUAUAGGUUUUUUGGGUUUGUGGUCUUAUUGUUUCCUUGUGGGGACACAAGAUUUCUCGUGGUGGGAGAGUGUAGCCAAGCUGGUUUCCUUGAAAGUAAGCCUAUUUUCCUGCUUUAUGUGGAUUUUCACUGUUGAUAUAAGGACUGCAGCAGUAUCUAUAGUAAUAGGAAUGAAGGGACUACAGAUCCCAGAAGGCCCUGCUCUGGAGAGGAUGGGCUCCAAAAAGGAAGAGGAAGUGGAUCUGAGGACCUGAGGGGUGGAGAGCUGCCAGAGAGCUCUGCUAAAAGCCAGAGUAUGUGUGGAUGCUGCAUGGAAAACAGUGAGAGAGAUCCCCCCUGCGCAGUGUGGGAAGCUGAAUGAUACCCUGCCAGCGCCAUUCCUACUCACCAGCUCAGCACUGAGGGGAGACCUGCGCUCCCAAACAAGUUUCCUGUCUCACGUCUCAGUAGAGAUGUCCUCACAAGAACCACAGGAGACUUCCCCCUCCAGAGUGUCCACUGAAUCCUUCGAGAUGGUGGACGCUUCUCAGGUGUAUGAGGCAGUGACUCCACACUGGUUCUACCAUCAAGUGCAAGACAACAGGAGUUCCUGGUUCCCCUUCAGCAGGGAAGAUUCCGAUAAACUGGAGCAGGCGUUUAGCUCAGGUGUCAACCCACAGACUAUAGUGAUCCCAACACGCGGAGGUCGAUAUGAUGUACAUCUGGGUAGUCGCAAACAGAGGGCGGUGUACUGGGAAGAGAAGGAAUCUGAGGUGCAGAGAUGCACUUGGUUCUACAAGGGAGAGGAGAGUAGAUAUGUUCCGUAUCCAGAGGACUUCAGCCAAGUCCUUGAGGAUGCAUACAUGUUGGCAGUAACUCUGAAUGAGUGGAAGAAGAGGCUGGAAUCCCCAUUCAGGGACAUUAUUAUUCUACACAACCCCAAGCUUAUGGUCCAUUAUCAGCCAGUGGGAAUCCCGGAUGAGUGGGGAGCCACACCCAGUGAGCAAGGUCGGCCCCGAACAGUGAAGAGGGGAGUGGAGAAUAUUUCUGUGGAGAUACCGUCUGGGGAGCCAUCUCAGAUUGAUCACUUGGUGUUCAUGGUGCAUGGCAUUGGUCCAGCCUGUGACCUUCAGUUCAGAAGCAUCAUACAGUGCGUGACUGAUUUCCAAAGUGUGACUCUGAACCUUCUUCCUGCUCAUUUCAAGAAGGCCACGGAGGAAGGGCUGAUUGGCCGGGUAGAGUUCCUCCCUGUAGACUGGCACAGCGCCCUACAUGCUGAUGCUACUGGUGUUGAUGACGACAUCCAGAGGAUCACUCUGCCCAGUAUCAGCCGCCUCCGCCACUUCACCAACGAGACCGUGUUGGAUCUGUUUUUCUACAACAGCCCCACAUACUGCCAGACCAUUGUGAAUACUGUAUGUGGGGAAAUGGAUCGUAUCUACAGUAUAUUCAGAGAAAGAAACCCUGACUUCAAAGGACAUGUUUCUGUGACUGGUCAUAGCCUUGGAUCUGUCAUUCUGUUUGACAUUCUCACCAACCAAACAGAUUCAUCCCUCAGCAGUCAGGACAUGACGAAGACUACAUUACUCCACUCAGAGUCACAGAGAGACAAGCCAAGGCUGAGUGAGGUUCUGCAGCAGCUGGAGCUCACAGAAUAUUGCAGUGUGUUUGAGGGAGAGAAGAUUGACAUAGAGGCCCUGGCUUUAUGCACAGAAAAUGACCUGAAGGAUCUGGAAAUUCCUUUAGGGCCACGGAAAAAAAUCCUUCAAUAUAUAAGGCACAGAGGGUGGCAGAAGGAUUCUUCUGGCACUGCCCAAGCAACAUCCCCUACAGCAGACUCCAAGAAGCCUUUUCUCACAUCUGGUAGUCCCCCCAAUGUUGUGAAUUAUGAAUACUUUGACGUUGGUAUUGGACAGGUGUCAGUCAAGUACCCCCAGUUGAGCUUUCACCCCGAAGUCUUCUUUGCUUGGGGCUCACCCGUUGGCAUGUACUUGACAGUGCGAGGUCUGAAGAGGAUUGAUCCAAAAUACCACUUUCCAACCUGCAAACGGUUCUUCAAUAUUUAUCACCCAUUUGACCCAGUGGCUUAUCGGAUUGAGCCAAUCGUACUCAGAGAGCAGGAGUUUGAGCCCAUUCUAAUCCCUCACCAUAAGGGCAGGAAGAGGAUGCAUUUAGAGCUGAAAGAGGGCCUGACACGAAUGGGCACAGACAUUAUUGGCUCACUGAAAACAGCAUGGCAGACCUUCACACGGCCUCCUAUACCAUCCUUGCCACCACCUACUGCUGAGGCUGCUGCAGUGCCAGACACAAACCUUUUUGCCGUGGUGGAAGCUAUAAAGAUAGAGGAACCCCCUGCUCCUGCAAAGGAAGACCCCAUGCAGAUAUCAGUGGGAAUGCUAAAUGGGGGGCAGCGCUUUGAUUAUGUUCUCCAGGAGAAACCAAUUGAGAGCUUCAAUGAGUAUCUCUUUGCACUGCAGAGCCAUGUCUGUUACUGGACAUCUGAAGACACUGCACUGCUGCUCCUAAAGGAAAUCUAUCAGACUAUGGGAAUCAACAUGGAUCAGCCCCUACUAUAAGAACUGGCACAGGUGCUGCCAUAAGCAGGGGGCGAAGAAAGAACAUUUUGAUGCACUACCAUGCCCCUUGGUCUUUCCUUUGUGUAAUGCUUCCCCCUGCAGCUAGAGGGCACUCAAGGAGAAGAUAUGGAAGCCUGAUGCUGUUGAGAUCCCUGCAUACCAUGUAGCAUUUCCCAUCCCAAACAGCACCGCUUUGCUGUAUAUUUAUCGCCGUGUCCUUGCCUUAUUACAUUUGAUAGUAGCACACCGUGUAAGAGAUUUAUUACCAGAGCAGAGAUAGAACAAGACUGUGUAUAUUUCCUUAUGAAUAUUUAUAAGCCCAUGUUAUGAUUCACUCACACCUUAUUGGGUAAGUGCUUUGGUGUUUUUUAAUAAUAGUAAAGUUGAUCCUUUAUUUUAACUCUUCCAUAUUUACCAAAGGCUGCUGGGAAUGUGCUGGGAGUUGUAUUUCAGCAAUAUCUAGAAUGCCCCCUGUAUGGGGUAAAGAGACAAAGCACACUUGCAGUAGGGGGUCGACGUUUCCAUGUUGUACUGCGCAGCUGUAGGUGUGGCCUAUUUAUUAAAGAUUAUAUUUAAAAUACUGA